AUGGAGUCUGUGGGGAAAAUGUGGAGCUUCAAGAACAGUUUUCAGCUCAAACGCGGUUCUGCUACAUCAUGCAGCAGCAGCAGCAGCAAAAAACAUGCAGGAAAAUUAAACAAGAAGCAGAUGGAGGGUUGUUGGUCGUUUGUAAGCAAUUGCUCUUCUGUGCCUCAUGCUCCACCUUUGAAGAGGUUCAGUUCAUUUGGAUUCUAA